UCCUUCAGCAUCCCCUCAUCAUCCACCUAUUCGCCCUCCUCCUCCUCCUCCUCUUCUCUGGCAUUUUGUGCAGCGGAGGAGGAAAGGAGGAGAGACUGCUGAGUAGGAUACGGAGGGGACCCUGAGACAACACGUCCCACGCCAGAGCCAGACAGCCGGGGAACUUUGAUUUGACGCCAAGUAGCCUGCGAUGAAAAUGACGAUGAAGAGAAAAAGCCACGUUUCUCCUUCUUCUCGGGAGGCUUAGAUAUGUCGGGCGCGUGCAACAUAUGAUGUCCUUGGACUCAUAUGCUCAAUGAAGAUUUAUUUAUCUCUGAUUUUGCUCCUCAUUUCGCUGAUGGUGCCGCUUCGUUGUGCCUGCACUUAGGUCAGCCGAAUGAAUUUGAAGGCAGUCUGAGCGCAUUGUUUCCAGCUCCGUUGCAUAUGGGAUUUCCAGCCGUGAUGUCUGCAAUAUUUCGCUCUUUGUUUCUGGUUCUGUUCGGCCUGCUGUCGGUGAGUGCCCAGACGGAGAUGAAGAAGGUUGUUGGGGACAAUGCCACCUUACCAUGCCACCACCAGUUCCCGUCAUCCAACUCUCUUGACAUCGAGUGGCUACUGCAGAAACCAAACUCUAAACAGAGAGUGAUCAUUACUUUCUUCGGGGGCCAGGUGUACACCAAUGAGGCAACAGGCAGCGAGGCCAGCCGCCUGUCCUUUGCUGGGGAGUACCUGGGUGGAGACGCCUCCCUGCUGAUCAGUGACCUGCUCCUGACCGACUCUGGGGAAUACUACUGUAAAGUCAAGACUGGGGGCAAGUACCACUGGAGCCAGGUCAACCUCAUUGUGCUGGUCAAGCCUUCCAAGCCGAGGUGCUGGAUGGAUGGAAAACUCCUGGAGGGCAGUGAUGUCAAGCUGAGUUGUAAGUCCAGCGAUGGUUCAGACCCCAUCAACUACAAGUGGGAACGAGUGCUGGACAAAGGCAAGAGUCUGGGCAAAUUGCCAAACCUGGCACUGAUAGAUCUCAAGAACCCAGAGAUUGUGACUCUUAGGAAUCUCACUAUGGACAGCACAGGUGUCUACAGGUGCACGGCGAGCAAUGACGUGGGGGAGGAAAACUGCACAAUUGAGGUCACAAUGCAGCACGUGCGGGAUGUAGGUAUGGUAGCAGGUGCAGUGGUGGGAAUAUCCCUCGGUGUCCUCAUCGUCAUAUUAAUCAUCUGGCUCGUCUUCCGGAAGAAAGAGAAAAAGAAGUAUGAGGAAGAAGAGACUCCAAAUGAGAUCAGGGAGGAUGCGGAGGCUCCCAAGGCCAAGCUAGUGAAGCCCAACUCCCUGUCCUCAUCCCGCUCUGGCAGCUCGCGCUCCGGAGCCUCCUCCACCCAGUCUAUGGUGCACAACAGUGCCCAGCGCGGUCACCGCCCCCGCCCGCCUGCUGUAGCAGCCCUCAAGGAAAAUGGACAGCCUCCAGGCUUCCCCCAGUCCCCUCCGGCCUACACUUCAGUGGUGCCCCCCAAGACCCCCGAGCCCCCUGCCACUCCCAAAUUCAACUCUAGGAACAUGUCUGGGCCCACACCCCCAACCCUCAUGGUCCCCGCCCAGACCAAGGCCUUUCAGACUGUGUAGGACUGAAAGCCAACCCCUUCCUGCAGCCAUGUGAGACUCCCGUCCCUGCCCAAGCCCCCUAGCCCCCUCCCAAAGACUCUUCCAUAAACAAAGAAAUGCAACUAGUUAAAAGGAUGUAAUUAAAAGAAUCAAUACUAUAAGUCCAAAAGUACUUUUAAUGAAUGCAUACUUAAAAAGGGAAAAUACGACAUGCUUGCCCCCUACUGAAUUACAUAAAACAACAAAACAAAAGAAAAAACAAGAUCCGAGAUGCAACUGUUUGUGUCUCAUGGCUAAAGGCAGAACUUAUUUUCUGAGUUCCUUCUUUUGGCUUUGGAAGGCACAGGGAAGCACCAUGUGCAGCGAGGUGGAAGGAGCCCCCUAGUAGAGCUUUUAUUUAUUUAUCAAAUCAAAGGGUUAGGCAUGCAGCAGGGGAAAAGAGAGGAAAAAAAGGGAAGGCUGGAUAAUAAAGUAGAUCCAAACUCUGAGCCAGGUACCAGUGGAGUUAAACAGCUGUUAAGCUUCACUUGUCAACAAUGCAAGAUGGAUACAAGCAAGAAGAAAACACAGAGGAAGAAAGUCCAAGAGCGUCAGACAGCUACUGGUUUUCUUUUUCUCUCUGGAAGGAGGGAGGGCCCAUGGGGUGAUUCUGUGAUUCAUGUCACCCUGCACCUCCGACUCGCUGCUUCCAGCACCUGCUUUGUAACCACAAGCCCCUUUGCAUCCCAUGGGCUGGGCCAAUUGUGCCCAUCCAUGUGGACAGACACGGUACGCGGCGUGUGCAUCAUCUGCCUCAGUGCUCUCGGUCUUUUCGUGCUCUCAUAACGAACCUGCGAGAAACCACAGCGGUCCUGAGACUGACUCAGCUGGCUCACAAACAGCUCAUCUGCUUUACCAAUCAGCAAGGGAAACUUCAGGUACAAGGAUGUAGCAUUGGCAGUGGAGUCGAAUCAAUGGAGUUGUUAGCCCUUCCCACAUCCUGUCUACAUCUAUGGACAUCCUUUUCUGGUACUGAAUAUAUUCCCUGAAUAAUUAAAUAGUAUGUAAUAGGCCUAUAGCAAGUCAAUAUUUUAAAUAUAGGGGAUAAGCAUCUAGUAGACCAGCUGGACUUUCUUUUGUUUUGUUUCUGUUUUCCCUUGUCUCUUCUCUCUGAACAGGUUGUAAAGGGUGACAGACAGUUAUGUGUCCAUUCAUCCAUAUUAAGAAGUGCCACCAAUCCCUAGGAUGGGUUAUUAUUGUUGCUUUUUUUACUCUUGUGUUUACCUGCUACAUUUCUGAAGUGAAACCAAAAUCUGUCACCAUGAAUGUGUGAUGUACAAAGAUGGCGGAUCCCAUUAUUUUCAGCCUCCUAUAAGGUGCUGAAUCAAUAUUCAAGCUAAGGCACAAAGAAUUGACCUUGACAUUCAAUUUUACAGUCUGAAUGAAGGGAACGAGGAGUAUGAUUCUGGAGACGUUAAUUGUAUAGGGUGCGUAUGGUAUCAUUGUCAGUACUCUCCCUGGAUCCAUAACAAUGGAGUGGCACUCGAUUGCUGUCUCGCUGAAUCAUUGGGUCCUGCUUGGUUAUUGGUUGAGCCGUGCUAUCAGCCAAUCCCCCCUUUGUUGUAUCCUCAGACAGAGCCGGUGCAGUUUGAUUGAAAGUAGCUGAAAAAAGGGCAAGUAGCCUAUCUAGUGUGCCUUUGCAAUCCCUCUUCCCUUUGAUGGUUUCUUUCUUUGUCCUUAUCUUCAGCACACCAGUGGUUAAGUCUCUGUUCACAUCCAGCUUUGAGGGUCAACAGCAGAAAAUACUGAGAGAUACAACUUCACAAACUUGCCCUAGUAAUAACAGAUGCAGCCUAGGGAGCACCAAGCAGAGUGAAUUAUCCGUGGUGAGAAAGCAAUCCCAGGUCACAGGACAAUGUACUGUAUAUUCUGUAAUCAGUCUUGUUUUAUAUUGUACAUACAGAUAGAUAUACGCACAUGAUGUCAUUUAAUUUAAUAAAUAAGGGUAUGUGAGGAGAGAUUUCCCCCUUACAGAUGAGUGAAAUGGGAAAGCCCAAGUGAAUUUAAAGCAUGUACUUUUGGUGCACAUGUUGUUUUCCAAUUAUAGGUCAUGGAAGGUGCAAGUGUAAAAAAAAAAAAAAAAAACACAUAAAAAAACGUAUCUCAUAAGGCCCAAAGCAAGAUAUCUUAACAGCUACUGGACAGAUUCUCAUGACAUGUUGAAUGGAUUUUAUUGAUCCUGUGAAAAUAAUUUCUUUUGAUUAAAGUGACCUGGUGACCUCGCCUGAAGCAUCACUAUUGGGUCAAAAUUUUCCCUUGAUCAGCACUUUGGUCAAUAAUAAGUUAUCUUGAAAAGUCACUGUCAAAUUUCCACAGAAUCUGCAAUGAGCAUUUAUAGUCAGCACAUGAUGAAUAUUUUGGUGAGCGCUGACCUUUAAUCUGAUACGCCAUCCAGCUUAUUGUAAUGAUUCUAUGGCCUUUACUCUCAGGACAAAUUCACCAAUUUAAACAGCUGCUUUUCUCUGUGCACCAGGAGCAGGGUUUUACUCUUGUUUCACUGAUUUUUCACAGUAAAGUAAACCAGAUAGAUAGAGAUAAUUUAACCCCAAAAAUUCUGAAAACCAACAUCUAUCUGAAAAGCACAUGGUUUGACUUCAUCUGUGGGAUUUUACAUGUGACUUAACUGUAAGGGAAAUUUAGAAAAAAAAGCCUUUUAUAUUCAACUAGAGACAGCAGUACAUAUUUGACCAGGGAAGCUACUGUGUGUGUGUCUGUGCGUGCGUGCUUGCGUGCAUGCAUGCAUGUUUGUGAAUGUGUGUGAAUGAGUGUGUAUGUGUGGGUGUGUGCAUGUAAAUUCAGUAUAAGCCCUUGGGCCACACCCACACAUUCUCAUGUUAGCCAUUCAGUGAGUGAGAAGGAUCCAGUCAGGCAGAGUAACCUCUAUCCAAAUUGAUAUGACUGCAGACUGGCAGUGUUUAUUUUUGUUUUCAUUGACUUAUAUGCCUAUUGAACUUGGCUUCACAGGCGGGAGUCAUGUUUUUGCUUGUGGGGGUGGCAUCUCGAGACAAAGUACGUCCAUAAUUCAUAACCAUCGUCAGCUCUGGAGGCCACUUGUACACUCUCCCCCUUCUCUUGCUGUCUCUUAACAUAGAAUGCACUUGGCCCUGGGUGUACUCAUGGCAUCUCAAGACGCACAAACAAUAAAACAGUUAAAAGUUGUAAAUACACACACACAAACAGGUACACAUGGCACAUUCAGGUGCACAUGGGAACACAGGUGUGUGCUUCAUGCACAUUUACAGUUGCACAUGCAUACACACAAACACACACACACACACACAGUCACAAACACACACAUGCAGUUUGCACAAAUAAAAAGCCCAAACAGCAAUCUUUCUGCUCCUUCAGAAUCAGUUUGAUGGAUUGAAUGUCUGGAGUUAUUACACCUGACUGAUGGAGCCAGGAUACUAAAUGCAGCACAGAAAGGGACACUCAACACUGCAUCACCCAGGGGACAUCUGUACAUUCGCAGAUAUACAAAAACAGCUACUGUAACAACACACAGGUGCAUGCACAUGCACAUGCACUCAGACAGACAGACACUGCUAUGCAUCUUAACAAUCUGGGUAGCAUAUGCUUCAAGACUUUUUUUAAUGGGAAUCUGCAAGAGAGGUACUGGGAAUCAGGAGAGGUAUAACAGGAUUGAUAUUGAGCCAGGGCUGUAGGCUCCUGCCAUUGAAAUUCCCUCCACUGCAGAUAAAAGUAGCAGUGGAGGUGGAGGAUGGGAUGCAAGUCUUCCAGCUGUUAAAUUCCUCCAAGCUUUUUGAUUUGCUUUCCAGCAACUGCAAGUCUCAGGUGGCAGAUUCCCCAGUUUAUGAGCCCUCGCAUUGCAUCUCUCCUCUCAUGUGUGCAGCUUUGUGGCCUGACAAACUUGCGCUCUUUCCAAUAAGUGAAUUUUAAGCAGCUUUUGCCAGUUCAAUAGCGAGUGGAGGAGGAAAGUCUUAACACACCUCAGAGUGUCAGCAGCACAUCUAAUAUCAUUCUUUAAAACAGUAUCCAUCAGCACUAUAUAUUGUCUUAUUAUCAACACUCAAAGGUGCAGUAAAAUCAUUGAUGUAUGAAAUCAUUAAUGGUUAUCCUGUGUUAUAUGAUAGGAGUAUGAAUCUCAUGUAGCCACAAUGUUUUAUGUUCUAUUAAGCAGUUUUAUUUCUGAUUAAAGCUGUUGAGCAGGGCAAGUGAUGCUCGGACUUUGUGGUUUGGCCUUGUGUGUCAGUAUAAGGGAAUGUGAUAUAUUGUUACUUGUAAGAGAGGAGAAGGAUGGGGCUGAAGUCAACCUCAAGAAGGAAAGCAAAGGUACCUGCAUGUCAUAGGAGAUUGAGCAGAUGAACGGGAAUGCUUUGCUUUGAUGUAACAUAACUGUAUUCAGCUAAAAAAAAAAAAAAAAAAGGAAAAAAAAAGGAAAAAACAGAAAAUCUACAAUUGUAAAUAUAUUCACAGAAAAAUUUUAUGAAGCUUUAUUUUUGCCUUCUUCCUUAUUUAGAUUUUUUCAUUUUUCAUUCAUGUACUUUGCACUUUUUUUGUGUGCUAUGCUCAUCACCGGCCUGCGUGGGAUCUGUGUGGUUGGCUGUUUCUCUUGACUGCAUUGUUCCGAUGUCAGGGGGAGACAUGCUCAGCGCGGCGUUACUAAAGGGAAAUAUAAGACACUUUUGUUUUUCUUUACUCUCAUCUGUUUUUUCUGCCGUGGCUUCUCUUUGGUUUUGUAAAACAGAACAGAAUUUUUUUUGUUCGUUCGUUUGAUGAAAACAAUCCAUGUAAAUAUCACAAGUAAAAAAUGUAUAUUUUUACGACUUCUGAGUUAUUACUCUUUCAUUUGCAAAUAAAAUAUUCAAUGACAACUUAA